CCUCGAGGCCCCGCCUCCUGCUCUGACGGAGCGCGGAGCACCUGGCAAGCCGGCCCCGCCCGGCAACCCGCUAAGACAGCGCCCUACGGUCCUCCGUCCCCCCAGGCUCCCUGGACUGGCUUCUGCGGUCGUCAUGACGGCAGCCGUGUUCUUCGGUUGCGCCUUCAUCGCCUUCGGGCCCGCGCUCGCUCUCUACGUCUUCACCAUCGCCACCGACCCUUUGCGCGUCAUCUUCCUCAUCGCCGGUGCUUUCUUCUGGUUGGUAUCUCUUCUGCUUUCGUCUGUUUUUUGGUACCUAGUGAGAGUCAUUACUGACAACAAAGAUGGACCCAUUCAGAAGUACCUGCUCAUCUUCGGAGUGUUGCUCUCUGUCUGUAUCCAAGAACUGUUCCGACUUGCAUAUUAUAGACUGUUAAAUUUUUCUUCCUCUUUAGUUUCUGGCUUGGGCUUUGGAAUCAUGAGUGGAGUGUUUUCCUUUGUGAACACCCUGUCUAACUCCUUGGGGCCAGGCACAGUGGGCAUUCAUGGUGAUUCUCCUCAGUUCUUCCUUAAUUCAGCUUUCAUGACGCUGGUUAUCAUAUUGCUACAUGUGUUCUGGGGCAUUGUGUUUUUUGAUGGCUGUGAGAAGAAAAAGUGGUACAUACUCCUUACAGUUCUCCUGACUCACCUGCUGGUGUCCACCCAGACCUUCCUCAGUCCUCAUUAUGGAGUAAAUCUGGUGUCAGCAUACAUAAUCAUGGUGCUCAUGGGCAUCUGGGCAUUUUUUGUUGCUGGGGGGAGCUGCCGAAGCCUGAAACUCUGCCUGCUCUGCCAAGACAAAGACUUUCUUCUUUACAACCAGCGCUCCAGAUAACCUCUGGCAGUCGGCACUCCAAACAGCAGCCUGUGUCUUUAGAGGAAGCACAACUGUGUCCUUUUUUUAAAAAGACCCUUUGCUCUUGGCACUUAGAAGCAGCAGAACUGUCCGUGUGCUUUCAUGCAGCAGCCUCUGGAAGAGCUGCCGUGUGGCCUGCAGCCUGCUGCACAUUUGAGGCCUCCUGGAAACAAAGACUGAUGCUUCUGGACUACCCCCCCCUCCCUAUUUGAUUGUCCUGAGUGUGCAGCGCAGCUGAGAAUCACAGAUCCAAUGGGAAGUUCUGAGAAUCCCCAAAGAGAUUGAGCUUUGGUACUUAACUGUCUCCUAAGCUAACUUCUGCUGAGCAAGUAAAUUUCUCGAUGUGGUAACCUGGGUAGCCCUGUGUUUUAUGUACUGGUGUCACACAAGGCUGAAGGGCUGUUCUCUCUGUGCACAGCUUUCAUGUCCUUCACUAGAACCGUAGGCUGUGUCCUUAAAUGCAGUAACCUACACUGACACUAUUACUUAGCCAAGGCAAAGUUUGUAUAUUAAGUAUUCAAGUUUUUUUUUCAUUUUACAUUUUCUUCUUGUAUGAUAAAAUUAUUCUUUUUAGUAUAAAUCCAGGCUCUUUAAGAGUGACGACAUGCUGGCUUCCUUGGGGGAGUCUAAAAUUGUUCCAAGUCCGUGGGCCUUCUCAGUUAAAAGCUGCUGUGUGUGCUGUCUGGAGCUGGGCUGGUCGAGGUAAAGCUCAUUGUUCUUAUCUCUGAGAAGCUGGACAGGGAGAUAAUGAUGUAUCAUUGGCAGAAUGGUGCUGACCUUAUGAGAGCAGCUGAAAGCACAAAGUAGUGUGAUGUUGACACCUUUCAUUUGCUCCGGUGACACUAAACAGCACCAUCACCCAAAUGCGACAGGGGGAAGUUUGAGACAGACAUUAAGCUGCCACAUUUCAAGCUGGCAUGUGACUUUUAAUCUUCAGCAGGUUUGUCUUGGUUUUGGUUACAGUGAAACAGUUCCCUUUCUAAGAAUACCCAGGGGCUUUGUUGGUCUUCUAAAUAAGUCAGCUCACUUUCUUCUUACGAUGAAAUGCUACUGAAUUGUUAGUGUACUAACUGGAAACUGUUCCCAAUCCAAGUUUUUUUGGGACUUAGAAACUACGUCUUCUUGAAAGUGUUGACCCCAGCUCAUCUGUGCAUCUUCUGAAAGAAACAGGAGCAGCAGUGAGAGGACUUGGCAGUGACAUGGAAGAUGAGCCUGACAGCACUGUGCUGGCACCAAGAACCUGUGUGGUUCUUACCCCUGAACUAAACCUUAAUUGGUUAAACAUGUGAGUGUCUCAGUGCAGAGAUGCGAAAGCAGUAAAGCUCCUAGGAAGACUACAAAUCACUGAGAAACCUCUGUGGUUAUCCCCUUAAAGGUUACUUCAGCACUGCCACACCAGUGCUUCUGCUGAAGCUGGUGGGUUUGCAGCUUUAUAUAAGGUUUUCCAUGGACUAGAAAGGACAAACAUAACUCCAGAUACUAGAUUAUAGCACAGAAACCUAAAUAGGAAUAGUCAAGACAAUAUUCCUCCACCAGAAGUCAGUAGCCGUAUUGUAAUAGGCCCUGAGAAACACAAUUUAGUUGAAUCAUCAGUGACUUCAAAAUAGCAAUUCUGAAUAUAUUCAAGGACCUUAAAGGGGAUAUGAAUAAUGCCGUAAUGAAGACCAUGAAAGCACAAGUGAGCAGUUGAGUGAAAUGAUAAAACACUUUAAGACAUGAAAAUAGAAAUAGAAUCACUAAAGAAAAUGCAAUUUGAAAUAAAACUGAAAAUGAAAAGUCCUGGAUGUCAAACAAAAAUGUCAGAGGUAAAUCUCACCAAUAGAUUAAAAGAUGUGGAAGAGAGAAUUUCAGGUCUUGCAAACAAGGUAGAAUAAAUAAAUAGCUCAGUCAAAGAAAAUGUGACCUAAAACCCAGGCACAAAAUACCCAGAAAUCCUGGGACUCUAUGAAAAGACAAAGUCUAUGAAUAAUAGGUGUAGAGGAAGGGGAAGAAACCCAGGUGAAAGGCACAGAAAAUAUUUGCUAAAAAAAUAUGGAAGAAAAAGUUCCCAGUCUAAUGAAGGAGGUGCUGAUCAAGGUGCAAGAAGAAGACAAAACACCAAAUAGACAGGACCAGAAAAUAAAUUACCCACAACACAUAAUAAUCAACACACUAAAUUUACACCAGAAAGAAAGGGUAUUAAAAGCUGUAGAAGAAAAUCUCCAAGUAACAUAUAAAGACAGGAUCAUUAGAAUAACAGCUGACUUUUCAAUGGAGACUCUGAAAGCUAGAAAGACUUGAAUGUAUGUUCUACAAACUCUGAGAGAUCAUGGAUGCCAGCCCAGAGUAUUUAAGCCCCCCCCAAAACCUAUCAAUUACAAAAAAUGAAGAUAGAAACAUCCCAAGAGAAAAUCAAAUUUAAAUAAUCUACCAAUCCAGCUCUACAGAAGGCACUAGAAGAAAAACUUCAGUCUGAAGAGGUUAACUACAUACACCAAGAAGACAAAAGCAAUAAAUAAUCCCAAAACAGUAAGUAAAAAAUGGGGAUGGGGCACACUAUAACAACAAAAUAAUAGGAAUCAAUAAACACUACUUAUGAAUAACUCUCUAUAUUAAUUAUCUCAAUUCCCCAAUAUAGAGACAAAGACUAAGAGAUUUAAUUAGAAAACAGAAUCCAUCCUUCUGUUGUAUCCAAGAAACAUAUCUCACUAUCAAUGAUAGACAUUACCUUAGAGUAAAAGGAUGGAAAAUGUAUUCCAAGCAAAUGAACCCAAAAAAGCAAGUAGGUGUAACCAUUUUAAUAUCUGACAAAAUAGACCAAAUCAAAACUAAUCAGAAGAGAUGGGGAAGGAGUCUACAUAAUCAUCAAAGAAAAAAUCCAACAGGAGGAUAUUGCAAUUCUAAACAUUUAUGUGUGAAACACAAGGAGACCCAAGUUCAUGAAACAUUAUUACAGCUAAAAUCACAUGUUGAUCCUCACAAGUGAUAGUAGGUGACUUCAGUACCCCCCCCCCACUACUAGACAGGUUAUCCAUACAAAAAAUAAAUAGAAAUGCUGGAGCUAAAUAAUACCAUAAAUCAGAAGGACCUCACAGAUGUCUACAGAACAUUCCACUCAAACACUAAAGAACAUACUUCUCAACAGCUCAUGGAACUUCUUUCAAAACUGACCACAUACUGGGGCACAAUGCUAGUCUCAACACAUAAAUGAAAAUCAAAAUAAUGCCUUGCAUCCUUUCUGGAUGCAUCAUGGAUUAAAGCUAAAUAUCCACAACAACAAAAACAGCAGAAAGAAUUACACGGAUAUGUGGAAACUGAAUAACUCACUAUCAAAGGAAAAGUGAGUUAGGAUUCAAACCGAGAAGGAAAUGAACAACCUUUUAGAAAUGAAUAAAAAUGAAAACACAGCAUGCCCAAAGCUAUGAGAUACAUUAAUGUAGUUCUAAGAGUCAAGUUCAUAACACUAAGUGCCUACACCAUAUUAUAACUUAGUGACAUGCCUGAAAGCUCUAGAACAAAAAGAAAUAAUAAUACUCCAAAAGAGUGAAAGGCAAGAAAUAAAUUCAGGACUGAAAUUAAUGAAAUAGAGGCAAACAAUAACCCUCCCCCAAAAAAAUCAAUGAGGAGUUGAUUCUGUUUCUUUGAGAAAGUCAACAACAAAUCCUUUAUCAAAUUAAAUAAAUGACUGAGAGAAGACCCAAAGUGGGAGAUUACAACAGGCACAGAGGAAAUUCAGAGAAAUAAUAAGCAUAUAAUUAAUAAAUCUGUAUUCCACUAAAUUGAAAAAGCUUUAAGAAAUGGAUGAAUUUCUUGAUACAUACAAUCUCCCAAAGUUUAAGUCAAGAUCAUAUAAGCAAUUUAAACAGAUCUAUAUACCCUAGUGAAAUAAAAGCAGUAAUUAAAAAUCUCCCAAUCCAAAAACCCUGGACUAAAUGGAUUCAACAUAAAAUUCAACCAGACCUUCAAAGAAGAAUUGAUGUUAAUGCUCUUCAAAUAAAUCUGCAAAAUAGAAACUGAAGGAACAUUUCCAAAUUGUUUUUUUCAAAGCCACUAUUACCCCAAUACCAAAACCAGACAAAGACCCAACAACAUCACACAAAAAUAGAAAAUGAACACAGAUCUUUAAAAAAAAAAAAAGCCCUCUCUAACCAUUGCUGUGGCCUCAGCUGGUGAAUUUUUGUGGUUGCCUGUAGGACAAGAAGAUUAUGUCCUGGAAUGGCCUAAUCUCAAGCCAUGCUAAUUAUUUCUAUAGUGUUGUCCCUCUACUGGUCAAAGCACAACACAUAUGGAUAAGUUUAGAACACUCCAAUGAGCCUUUCUGAGCUCAGUAUUCAUGUGUAUAAAGUGUGAAUUUAUUAUAUACUUAAUAAAGUGAUUGUGAGUUAUCUUAUAAACUUUCUGUGUUGUAUCCAACACAUAUAAAUCACCUUUAAAUGUGUGCUAGUGGCCAAA